GCCCUGGGUGACACUGAGGUGGCAGCAGUGGAGCGCUGGCUGUCCCCGUGGCUGCUUCAGGAGCUCUGAGCAUGUCUGCAGGCACCAGGCAUCCUCCCUGUCCCUCAGCUGGUUUUGAGCCUCCUGUCCCCACUCUCUGAUGCUGGAGCAAGUGCUGAAGGAUGCAGCCGCAGGCGCCCGGGGCUGUCUCGCUAACAAGGAGAUUCCUCAAAAGCCUGCGGUGGAGACGUAGGAUCUUCAAGCAAAUUCUGGCAGCUGGAUCCCGAUAGCAGAUAAACUCACCUGACCACCAUGAGUUGGAGUUUCCUGACCCGCCUGUUAGAGGAGAUCCAGAACCACUCAACCUUUGUUGGCAAGAUCUGGCUGACAGUGUUGAUUGUGUUUCGGAUCGUCCUGAUCGCCGUGGGAGGAGAAUCAAUUUAUUACGAUGAACAGAGCAAGUUUGUGUGCAACACGGAGCAGCCGGGCUGCGAGAACGUCUGCUACGACUCCUUCGCUCCUCUCUCCCACGUCAGGUUCUGGGUGUUCCAGAUCAUCCUCGUGGCCACUCCCUCGGUGCUCUACCUAGGCUAUGCCAUCCACAAAAUCGCCAGGAUGGUGGAGCACAGCGAGGCCAGCAGGAGAGCCAGGAGGAGGAGCUUGCCCAUCCGCUGGAAACAGCACCGGGGCUUGGAGGAAGCUGAGGGUGACCACGAGGAAGAUCCCAUGAUGUACCCGGAGAUCGAGGUGGAGAGCGUCAGGGAGAGCAAGGAGAAGCAGAGCCCGGCCAAAGCCAAGCACGACAGCCGGCGGCAGAUCCGGGAGGACGGGCUCAUGAGGAUUUACGUCCUGCAGCUCCUGGCCAGGGCCCUGUUUGAGGUUGGCUUCCUGGUGGGGCAGUAUUUCCUCUACGGCUUCCAGGUGAGCCCCGUGUUCGUGUGCAGCAGGAAGCCCUGCCCGCACAACGUCGAUUGUUUCAUUUCCAGGCCGACGGAAAAAACCAUUUUCCUGCUGAUAAUGUACGGCGUGAGCUGCAUGUGCCUGCUCCUGAACGUCUGGGAGAUGCUGCACUUGGGCUUCGGCACCAUCCGGGACACCUUGAACGCCAAGAAGAAGGAGAUGGUUGACUCUGGGACCUUUAACUACCCCUUCACCUGGAACACACCCUCAGCUCCCCCGGGCUACAACAUCUCCCUGAAGCCGGAGCAGAUGCAGUGCACGGAGCUGGCCAACGCCAAGAUGGCCUACAGGCAGAACAAAGCCAACAUAGCUCAGGAACAGCAGUAUGGCAGCAACGAGGGCAACAUCCCCAGCGACCUGGAGAUCCUGCAGAGGGAAAUCAAAGUGGCUCAGGACCGCCUGGACCUCGCCAUCCAGGCUUACAACAACCAAAACAACCCCAGCAGCUCCAGAGGGAAGAAAUCCAAAGCUGGCUCCAACAAAAGCAGUGCCAGUAGCAAGUCAGGAGAUGGGAAGAACUCGGUCUGGAUUUAAUGUUGGCUCAGUUGAUAUGCUGUGGUUUUUUCCCCCCUAGUUUAUCAUAACCAGCAGUCCCAUGAAUAAUGGCUUCCAUUAAGGGAAUAUUUGACUCUGCUGAUUUUCAGGGAUACCGUUGGCUCGUGAUUCAGCCCCAGAAAGGGUUUAUACACUGACUCUAGGACUUUAGAACUUUAUUCUUUUGUCUUCCAAGUCAGGAGACAAAUAGGUAUAUUUAAUUCAUUCUCAUUGAACGGUUUAUGCUGUAUGUACAGUAUUAUAGUACAUUUAUUAUGCACAAUUUUUUUUGUAUUUGUACACUGGAUCUGAUGUUACACUUUUUAUAUCAACAAGGACAAAGCAAUGGAUAGCCAUUAGCAUUUUGUUAAUUUUAUUAUUGUUGUCUGCAGUUAUGUCAUUGUUCUUCCUUGUUUUCCAAGUAAAACUUUUUAUAAAACUUUUC